AAUUAUUAAAAUUUUAUUACGCAGAUUUUAUAAUAAAAUAUAUCAAGUAACUGCAUCUUAAUGUUAAAUGAAUCUGAUGGUAAGUCAGGAAAUCUAAAAUUAGUACUGCGCAACUCGAGUUGUUUUGAAUGAUGGUGAUGGUAUUGAUAUGAAGAAGCAAAAGACUGGAUCGAGAGAGUUCCACAUUACAUGCAAAGGGUGAUUUAAAUAAUAAAUAAGUUAUUAUCAUGUUAUCAAUACGCUUGCGCAUCUAUGACGAGAUGUCCAGCAAAAGCUUACAUAUUUGCGUCUACUCAUUAUAAAAAUUAUAACUUUGUUUACGUUUGCCAAAGUAUCAUCAAUUCCCUAUGGCAAUUAAAUAGCAUGUGGCAUCAUCAAGUUUAAGUUUAACAAAUAAAACUCAGUAGAAAAAACAAAGAUUCCAAAUAAAAACAAUGACGACGUCUGGUAAUGUUGCCUCUAGGCAAUUCUCAUCCGCCAGCACAAUUAGCAAAAAGCUGGACAAAAUAAAUGCUGGAAUAAUAACAUCUUGCAUUGUCGGUAUGUCUUUAUCAUAUUAUGCUUAUAUUGUUGAAACGACCAAGGAAAAAGAUCACAAUUAUAUGGCAAUGUGUGAUAUCAGUGAACACGUCAGUUGCACCCGAGCAUUUAUGUCUGAAUAUGGCAAAGGAUUCGGGCUUAUUCCCAAAACAUCCAUAUUUUAUUUACCUAAUAGUGUCUAUGGACUGGUAUUCUAUGGAAUAGUUUUUGCUUUAAAUAUUUUCAAUAAUUAUGGCCUAGCUGUAAUAGUACUUAUUUUGACAGCUCUGUCAAAUUUAAGCUCCAUUUAUUUGGCUUGGGUUCUCUGGGUACUUAACGACAUAUGCGUCGUAUGUAUCAGCACGUACAUUGUAAAUUUUAUCCUUGUUGUUCUCAGUUACAACAAACUAUCGCACAUUCGCCGACAGAUUUCCGCUACCGCUGGACGGCAAACGUCCUCAUCUGGACACAAAACUACUCAUAAAAAAAAGAGGCAUUGAAUGUAUUACUCUAUUUUUUUCUUUUUAUUAAUGUUCAGUUUUAAUUUAAAAAAAAAAUAUAUUUAUAUUCAAUAUUGAUAAAUGCCAUGUAAUUAUACAUCUAAAUGUUAUUAAUAUUUAAAAAUAUGCUUAAAUUUAUGUUUUACAAAAUUACUACUUUCAAGCGUAUUAAAACUUUAUUAAAAUUAUAAUUAGUCAAUAUUUUUAAAUUUAUAAUUAUUAUAACAAACAAAUGAUUAUAUAUUAUUUUUAAUUAUGUUUUUUAUAAGUAUAUGUUACACUUUAUAUAUGUUACAUACAAAUUAUGUAUAAAUGUAGCCAACGUUUUUAUUUAACUUUUUUUUUUUUGUUCAAUUAUAAGCAAAAAAAAAAGUGAUUAUACAAGUUUAAAUGUUAGUACGUAAGUAGAUAUAAAAUUAAAUACAUGUAUAAGUACGUAUAGCAGAAGUAAUGAAUAAUUUUAUAAAUUAAAA